AUGGCCACCAGUGGGAUGCCGACCCCGGGGGCCGAACGGAUUAGCGCGGGAGGACCUAAGCAUAGUCUCGUACAACGUACACGGAUUGAACAUCAGGGAGAAACAAACAAGACUUCUGCGAGACCUGAAACACUACAAGGCGUCGGUAGCCUUCCUGCAGGAAACCCACUUUCAAGAGGGCAGAGCACCGGCCCUGAAAGACCGCAACUUCACACAAGGCUCGACUACUUCCUCACACCACAUCAAAACCUGACGCUGCUCACGACCGCAGAGAUCCUACCAAUGACCUUCAUCCGCAUGCGGAUGAAGUGUCGUGGUGGCUGA